GGCGUGCUAGGUGGUAGUAGCAGUAUGUGGUAGUUGGCGUAAUUUCCAGUUCCACUCACAAAGGAAGGGUAACGUAUCUCGUUCGCUAACUACUAGGUCACGGAGAAAAACAAAAAGAGAUAUCUUCCUCGUCAUGUUCAACAUCUCGUAGUUGUAUAAACGUUGCUUCCUAUUCGGAAUAGGACCGCCCACGUGCUCAAGGACCGUCUGUCUCCGACGUGCCGAUCCCGAUUCCGAACUUACUUCUAAAAGUGGGAACCAGACAUCAACCAGAUGCCUGGUCAAGGAGGUGGUGCGAGCAGUAGUGGUAGCAGCCCCACCGGUGGAAAUGGUGGCUCAUCUUCGCAGCAACAAUUCUACUGCGCUGUCUGCCAAACACCACUCGAUGACGCGUUGAUACUGCUGUGCAACCACAAUUUGUGCCUCAACUGUGCGGGAAAGAACCUGUAUAACAAAACCUACGAUCCUGCAAGCGGAAAGAACGUCAAACUAACAUGCACGAUAUGUCGAACAGCGACUACGGUGGAUGCAGAAUCGGCGGCGCACCUCAUCCAAGCAUAUUACGAUGACAGUGGUGGGGCGUCAACAGUUAUGAACAGAAAGGUUACUUAAACACAUCUAUCAGAAUACUGGAUCUACAAUUCUUGACCAUUGUAACAAUUCUCACAGGGGAUGCUGAUGCUUGCAGCUUCUCUGGCAGGGAGAUCGACUCUAGCGAUAUACUUUAGAAUAGUCGUCAGGGAAAUCUUAGACUGCAGAUUGCCGAAUAGCAAUAGAUUCGCAUCAUCAUCAGGCUCAAUCUCAUUGGCUUUGAUUCUUCUACUUCUUUUACUUCUUUUUCUGCUUGGACAAUGCGGUUUCUACCUCUUUUCCUUCUUGGACAGUACAAACACUGUGAUCUAUCUAAAGACUAGAAUCUAGUUGGUCAGUAACCUCAAAUCAAAUUUACUUGUCGUGAGGGAAGCUUCAACAAUUGCUUUUCUAACACUAGAGUAGGAGGUUCGGGGACAACGACUAUGGGCGGUGCGACAUCGUCGUCAGCGAAGCCCUACGUGUAUCGCAACGCUGAAGGAGAAGCUCUGCUGGAAGAGGAUGUUGGGGAGGAGCCGGCUAUGCCCUUUAGCGAUACUAGGAAAAGUGAUGUCUCGAAUCCGGUGAGAACUUCCAGUAGGCCUAGCAGACGGUCAAGCACGAAAGGACAAGACGCGCCGUUGGCGGGUGGAGGAGGUACACCAACGUUGAUCACGCACGUAAGGUGGUCUAACUUCUCUAAAUUAUGUAGUAGUAGUAUAAAGAUGAUAAAAGACGUCACUAGUUACUAGUUAGAGUUACGCAUUCAGAUCAACAGAAACACCAGUUAGAGUUACGCAUUCAGCAGUACUCCCCCCCUUUCUUUCAGAUGUUGAGGACGAUGGCGGUGGGGCUCCUCUCGGUGAUAGCAGAGUUAGGUCAGGUAUAGCGAGCGUGACGUCUUUCUGCCCUAGUCAUCCGGAGGAGCCGUUGCACUAUUUCUGGUAUCUACAGUUUGAGUUUCAGUUUGAUAUUGAUUUGAUCGUUUUGGAUUUCGGAGAGUUGUACGGAGUUUUAGUUGAGUUUUUUCACGUCGAUCAUGAGCUGUGACUGUCUGAAGAUCUGCAACAGGAUCUGCUUCAAUGUUUUUUAACUGAAGUGCGUUGAGUAAGGACCACGACACUCGAUAUCUAAUAUUAUAACUGUUCCUGGCACUGGCACUGGCAUUACUAUUUUUACAUCCUCUACAACUUAACGCCAUACCCAUAAAAAUCAGCCUCUAUCCUCUUAACUACGCCAUAAAAAUCAGCCUCGAUUGCGAGUGUAAGUGCAUCUGUAGCGAAUGCGUGAUUCAUGGCGCGCACAAGGGACACGAGGUUCUCUCAGUGACUAAGGCAUAUCCGUUGUUGCAAUCUAAAGUUUCAAGCUUAAACGUGGAAAUGCGGGAAAGGGUAGCGGAAUUAAACUCAAUAUCGCAGGGGUGGGAGCGGAAACAGCGUGAAAUUUAUGAUUUCUGAUGAAAGCGACUGUCGUAUGUUGAGUUGUGAAAGUAUCUGUCAAGAACGAGACUCUAACAAGGGAACAGGUCAAGAAAGAAAUUAGAUUUACUGUAGAACAAGAACUACCAAGUAGUACGGAGAACCAGAAAGACAAGUACUCGGCAAAAUAAGGAGCCAUGUUCCUAUCAUGAAAACAGUGGGAUUCAAAUUCAAUGGACAGCAAGCAGCUGACGGGUAUAAAUUCGAUAACAGUGAACCACGACGAGGACGAACAUACUCAUCCCGUUACCAGCAUUUUUCCAAUUGAUAGAGAUAUACCAAACACAGCAACCUUCUUCGGAAACUGACACGAUUUAGUUCCACAAGCCCGAGCCCGUCCUCUUCUUCUAACAAUAGCUGCAAGUCCAGGAGCAGAUGAAACAGAAGCUGACUGAGAGUUUUGCGGAGAUAAGGAAGACCUUACAAACGAAGGAGGUUGAGAUGAAGAAAAUGAUGACUGAGGGUCUUAGGGACGGCCUCAACUUUGCUGAAAGUACUUACUUAUACUUUAGGUGGAAUGUGAAUGAUAGGUGCGUGCAUUAUUGCGUACCGAAAAUUUACCUGUAGUAGAAGAAAUGACCACAGAAAUUUAGGUCCUUUGGCUUUUUAGAGACAACAUACAAUGAAAAACACUCUUGCACUGACUACACAAGACCGAUCUCAAUUCUUUAACUUUCUUCAAUCUCAAAAUCUAAAGAAUCUAAAAAAUUUCUAAAACACGACUCGUCCAUCCAUCAUCUACACCCCGCUUCACCAAACAAAACAGCUAAGCAAAACGAGGUGAGAGAGUCAACACAGCGAAUGAAGGAUGCCCAAAAGGCGAUGCAGCACAACACUAGCCAUGCAAGCGUCAGCAUGCAAAGUGCGAUUGAUGCAUUGAAUUGGUACCUACUUUAUAAAUAAAUAUAACAUUGUAAAGUCGUUCUAGGCUUUUGAACGAGAAGCUAUAAUAUGUUGAACGUCGACCGUCGAGAAUGUCUAGACUAGAAUCUGAUCGAAAUCCAUUUUUUGAAUUUUCUAUCUUCAUCCACCACUCCUUUACCAGGUAUGCCGAAGCGCGUUUAUCGUUGAACCAACUCCUAGUCACGGAUCUCCCUGUCCCCACUGAGAGCUCUAAACCGAAAGAGUGGCUUGAGAAAUAUGCCGAUGACGCUAUCUCAAGAGUAUCCGCACUGCAUAACAAAGUGCAAUUGCUGCACUGAUCGUGAUCGGGAUGGGUGGAAGUGUAGAAGCAUAUGCUGCCAUAGGCAUAGUCAUCCGGUGUAAAAAGAAUACGUUUGAGAAUCUAUAUCUAAAUCAUUUAACACCUACAACUGUAGGGUCCAAAAUUACUUAGCAGACUAAUUUUGAACCGACAUACUUAAUAGCGAUGUUACCAACAACAUGCUAAAUAACACCUUCAUACACAGUAAAACACUUUCGAAGAAACUGACGAAACAUGUAAGAACAUGAUAAGAUUAUAUCGAUGAAAAGUAAUGCACAAAAAGUCAAAGUUUAAGUUGCCUAUCAUGCACAAGAAAACGAUUCUUACCAUAUUUAUAGGCAUACGCAUAGUAUGCCAUGAAAUUAAAUCCAUACAUAGGAAGCGUGUCCGCAACUUCCUCACGUUUUACCUCGAUUCCUGUUCGUCGGUAGGUGAUCCUUCAUCUAUUCUUCAAUAUUCUAGUUGAUAACCUCACCUUGCAAAAAACUCUUGUCAUAAUGCCUUCGUUGGAGGAUAAAGUAUUGUCCGUCUGACGGUCAUAGUAUGAGCAAAUAAGUGGUGAGCGUCAAAGUCCCUGUAUGCCUCCCGAAAGCAAUAUCACGUACGAGCCGGCCUAUGGUUUUGUAGAAUUUUUGGUAGUUUUCUAAAAAAUCUAAAUUUUCUAAAAUUUCAUGAACCGUGCAUUCGAAGAGACCUACCAGCUUGUAAAGAACCCGUACGUGUGUUGCGCAACCCUGCGCUCAAUAAAGCUGCCUGAUUCUGG